UAAGAAAAUGUAAAUGAUUAGUAUUAUGUAUGAAUUAAUGAUUUAGUACCCCUGUAUAGUAAUUUUGCUAAAAUAACAUCGGCGUAAAAUUUAUGAAUAAUGAUAGGCAAACGCAUAUAUCAUAUCUAUAAAAUGAUUUAUAGCAUCUGUAUGGCAACGUAUACUAGCCAGCGGCACCAGCACCUGAGGGGGAAACCUGUCGAGUCAUCCAGCGCGGCCCACCUCGGGCUGUUUGUGCAACGGUUCUUUAGUUCCGUCAAUGAGAAAGACACCGGCGGUGAAUCUUAAUUCUGCUUUUAACACCGAGAGAUGUAAAGGUGAUAUUGAAUAACCCGGAGGGAGCUUUACAGCCGACAGGUUAGCCGAUCUUACUCACUCCUCAGGUGUUUGAUAAGCCCCGGGGCUGGAGAGUGGUCACAGUCCCCUGCCUCCUCCCUACAUCCCCUCCCAGUCUACACUUUUGUUGUUGACCAAGGGAGGCUGAAGGAUUUUUUCACCUUACGAUUUCUUCUUAUCUGGCUCAGUAGGUCUUGCUACUAACCUUCCACGCCCCCUCUGACGUCACAAAUCACCAUCGUAUAUAAGGGCGACUCCUCAGAUUGAUGGCACACCACAACUCAGGCUCUAAGUCACUGAGUUCACUGAACAGCCUCCGCAGUGAUCCGCCAGUGUAAUUAAAGCAAAUUUCGAAUAAGCACUAUAGUUUCCAAUUCAUCUUGCACAUUCGCCAUGUUGUCGAAGUUCGUAUCAUUCUUCGUGAUUGUAGCUUUGGUGGCUACAAGUGCCUACUCUCUCGACCUCGACUUCAGCUCCAGUGACUUGUAUGACGAAGAGGGUCGUCUUUUGGUUAUACCAGUGGGAGGAACUACUGCCACUACUGGACUUAGCUUAAAUAUUACCACACUUGCGGCCCUCGCCUCUGUCCUGGCAUCAGGCCUUGUCACCCUUCUGGGUUUAGGCGCUCUCGGAUUCCUCCUCUACUCUCUCUUUGCGGGGGGCUUUGGUGGUUCAGGGUAUGGUUCAGGAUCAGGAGGAUACGGCGGAAACGGCGGAUAUUCCUCAUACUCUUCGUACAGGCGAUCCUUCGAUCCCUACGCCAUCGACUGGGAGAAGUUCUCCAUCCUCGACUGGAUUGCCAUCGGUGAAGAAGCCUGGAGGAAGUUCGACCCUGCUGAUCUCGAAUGCCAGCAGCGCCUGAUCUGCGAAAUCCACCAGAACACCUCCCGCUUCGGAUCCCCUGCUGCCCGCCUAGUUGACCUCUUCAGCUAUCUCCAGUACGCCGAGGUCCUCUCCCUUCCCGACGAGAUCAAGGCGCUGAUCGAAGAUUACAACGACGCCGCCGAUCGGGGACGCAGUCUGCAGAAGGAAUGUGGGGAAAUAUAUCAAACAUGCGAUUUCUCUGUAAAGAAAAUAAUGGACAAGUAUUCGCAUAACGAAGUGUAAACACUUACGGGAGAAUAUGGCUCAAAAACCUGGGUGAAUGACUUCAGCAACGAGUGCCUUUAUGCAGGGCCUUGAAGUUGAAGCAAACCUCCAGGCAAAACCCGUUUAAAGGAAGAGGUCUAGUUAUCAUUCCAAGAAGUAGCUUGGGCCUCACACCUUGACCAGAAGCUUGUCUUUUAGACUACGUCCUGUCUUGUUUUUAUCUGUAUUUAAAUAGCAUUUGUUGUUUUGUAUUUAAGAUAAUUUAUUGACUGUGAUGACUGCUAUAACGGAAAGACUGAACCACCGCCAUAGACUUAUGACGAAGCCGCCUCCUACGGAUGACUUAUUAUAUAAGACUUAUAAUGACUAUUACGCUUUACUUUGUAAAUACGUUUUGUUAUACAUAAACGACAUCACCUGAAUUUGAUUUUGACUCAUGGAACACCUUGACUCAACCUCAUGAGUUGAUCACAACACAGACUAACAAUAUUACAGUUAUACUGACCCCUGACUACCGACUUCAAUCUCUGAAUGUAAAUUUAUAUAUAGAGAAGACUGUAUAGUUUUGUAUAUGCAAUUACUUUAUAAGUAUAUAUUUUUAUACUUUUGACUUAUUGUUAUGUAAAAAGACAAUAGCGACGUGUAAUGAAGACUUUUCAGCUCCUGCGGAGUAUUUUCAGGGAACAAACGCGAGAAGACUCGACCACAUGGCCUCUCAGGACCAAGACUUUCAGACCGACAAUGUUAUGUUGAUCUUUGUGACGCAUUGUCUUUGCUUGUUCGUUCUAAGCUUUUAACACUGCUGGUCAGUGUGUGUAUAUAUAUAUAUAUAUAUAUAUAUAUAUAUAUAUAUAUAUAUAUGUAUGUUUGUGUGUGUAUGUGUGUGUGUCUGUGUAUGUAUGUUAAUAUCUAUGCAACUUUGUAUAAGUAUGUAUGUAUGCAUCUCUGUAUGUCUGUAUAAUUUCCUUACUGCUGCGUAUGAAAUAUAAGAUAUACAUUUCUGUAACUGUAACAAUUCUAUAUCUUAUGAUAUUAACAUGGUUUCUGAAGGCUAAAAUAAAUUAUUACAUCAUGA